GCCUGUCGGUCUGGGAAUGAGCGCAACUUCCACACGCUCCUUCUCCUUCGCGCUCCUUUGGAAAGCCAAACGCCGGGCGGCUGUCGUCAGAGCCCGACCCGGGAUGGGCUCUCUGGCGGCCCUGCGGACUGUCCUGGCCCUGGGCCUGGUGACCGGACUGGUGGGAUGCGCCCCGGGCCUGAACCGGACGGCGGACCGCUGGGAGGCCCUCUACUCCAGAUCCCUGGCGCGGAUCCCGGGGGAGAAGCGGGAGGAGAGCGGCCGGGACAGCGACUACCUCCUGGGCAUUAAGAGGCUGCGGCGCCUCUACUGCAACGUGGGGAUCGGCUUCCACAUCCAGGUGUCGCCGGACGGAAGAAUAACCGGCGUGCACAACGAGAAUCGUUACAGUCUCCUGCAGAUCUCCCCGGUGGAGAGGGGGGUGGUGACGCUGCUGGGCAUGCGCAGCGGACUGUUUGUGGCCAUGAACCGGCGAGGAAAGCUCUAUGGAUCUCUGCACUACAACGACGAGUGCAAGUUCAGCGAGAAGCUCCUCGCCAACAACUACAACGCCUACGAGUCGGCGGCCUACCCAGGGAUGUACAUCGGCCUGAGUAAGAGUGGCAAAACAAAGCGAGGAAACCGAGUGUCCCCCGCCAUGACGGUGACACAUUUCUUACCGAGAAUCUAGCGGCCUCAUAAAUAGACUUCCCCUCGGUGUGG